GGCCGCCUAGUGGCGGAGGCUGCCUACCAGCCAGCUUGAGACGGUGGAUGGAGGAGCGAGACUUUUCCAGGUAGGGGGUUCGAGAGGGGCAGGCGCUGUUUCCCUUUCGGAUUGGGCCCGGCGUGUGGGACGGUGUUCAGGACUUGGAGGCUUGUGAAAAAUCUGAUGUAAAUAUUCAAUUAAAGAAGUGAAACACAACUGUAAAAAUGGCAGGCUUCCUGGACAAUUUCAGAUGGCCUGAAUGUGAGUGUAUUGAUUGGAGUGAAAGAAGAAAUACAGUUGCUUCUGUGGUAGCUGGCAUUCUGUUUUUUACAGGUUGGUGGAUAAUGAUAGAUGCAGCCGUAGUUUAUCCCAAGCCAGAAGAUAUGAACCACGCAUUCCAUACUUGUGGGGUGUUUUCCACAUUAGCUUUUUUUAUGAUAAAUGCUGUAUCAAAUGCUCAGGUGAGAGGCGAUAGUUACAGUGAUGGAUGUUUAGGAAGAACAGGUGCUCGUGUUUGGCUCUUCAUUGGCUUUAUGUUGAUGUUUGGCUCACUUAUUGCUUCCAUGUGGAUCCUCUUUGGAGCCUACGUUACCCGAGGUGUUACUGUCUAUCCAGGAUUAGCAGUGUUUUUCCAAAAUGCAUUGAUAUUUUUUAGUACUUUAAUCUACAAAUUUGGAAGAACAGAGGAAUUGUGGGGCUAAAACAUUCUCCCUGCUGCUUUAUGAGUCCUGUAUGUACAUAUAACUUCCAUUUUGGCCGUUUUAAAUUUUGCCAAAGUCAUAGAUGUCACAAGAUGCAUUUUGUAUGUUCUUUUUUGAAAAGUCAAUUAAGAUUUAAAUAUUUUGUUCACAAAUUGCUGUAUUUAGCUACCUUUUAAUAGAAAUGAUUUGUGAAUAUGUACAUACCUGUAUAUACAUAUAUAUAUGUAUAAAUAUAUAAAAUUGAAUGUUUACCUUCCAUUGCAGUUGGCAAACUUCUCUGCUAUGACAAAUGGAGACUGUGUUAGGGUUAAUUAGCUCAACAAUCUAUCCUGCUUGCACCAGUAAGCUGUAGUAACUUCUCUCACAUAUUAAUCAGCUGAGAGAUAAGACUUUGGAAUAAGUGGGGUUUAAGAAUGUUAUUUAGAACAUAAAAUUCAGCCAGUUACCUUAAGGUAACCAUUGUUUGUAAUGCAUGACAUACAAGUUGAUCCAUUGUUUGUAAUGCAUGACAUACAAGAUGAUCCAGUUUCAUAUGCUUUUUGAAGCAAUUGAUAACAUCUGAAAAUUCCAUCUAGUGCUGAUUUUUCAAGUUCAGGGUUAUAUUAUACUAUUGCCAAAAAGUCUACUGAACACGGCAUGAAAUGUGUAUGAAAGCUUUUUUAACAAACAGUUUCUUUAAAAAUGAGUCUAUAUGACAGGCUAGUGUACAUACAGGCACAAAUGUUUAAGUGUGAAGUAGUAAAGGGAUAUCCCUCUGUCUAACAUAUCUGAGUAGAAUGUAGGCAUGAAAGGUUAAUCACAAAAACCUCAUCACUCUCUCUUAGAAGCCUACACCCCUCCUCCACACGUGACAGUACUGUGAACAGUCUUCAGUGACAACAUCCCAAGGAAGAAAGAGCGCAGAUUCCAAACAAUAAGGUCUCUUCAGUAUUGGCUGUAUUUAUGAAAUAUGCAAAGGAGAUCUUUUUGUGCAAAUCACAGGAUCUCUACUCUGGAUGUUGCAAGGAUGUAGUAUAUAUGGAUAAAUUUUAGGAUACGCUAGAUUUAAAACAAAAGAAAUUAUUUUUAAAUAAUCUCUUGCUGCAAGAUUGUCAUUCAUGUCAGUUACAGUGAUAUAAAUAUGUAUAAUACACUGUCAUAAGCCGGGACAGCUGUAAUUUGUGGCCACCCCAAACUUGAAUAACUUGGCUUGAUUUGUAUAACUUAAUGGCACAUUGUUCUCUAUUUCAAAUAUUCUGGCAAGAAAAGAUGACAGGGGAAUGAUGAAGACUCCAGGGGCCUAACCAAGGAUCUUUUCUGAGCCUCCUGUCUCCCAUGCAUCAUCUCUGCAAUCAUGCGUAAUGAAGAAACAGUUGUGGCUGCAGUGAUUUUUAAAACCAGUUUUGGCUGCAAAGCCUUUAGUGGAUAAACUAUGAAGCAAAUACUUCAGCUGAGAGUUGUCCUGUUACCUCACUCUUGUUUUGUACCUGUUUUCUCCAUCAAACUGUCAUUUCAAUCUGAUGUAAUACUUAAUUUGGUCUAACUGGCUUGUUUCACAGUAUAGUAAUUAAAAUCUAAUAAAGGCUUGUAAUAUAUUGUUUUAAAAA